AUGCGUUUGCCUCUCUUACUCUCCCUCCUUUCAUGCCUCACGCUAUUCGUGUACUGUGCGCCGACGCCGUUCAAGGCGGACCUCGACCUUGCAUUGCGUGAACUCGAUGACCUGGUCGAACGGUCGGGUGCUGACGACGCCCUUCGCUCUUUGACAAGGCGCGCCGACCAACUGAUCGCGAUCAACCUACACGGACACCAGCUCACGCUGCAGAGGUUCGCCAACCAGGGCAACUCCCACAGCAUAGUGUACACUGUUGCCACCCCCGGGCCUUUGCACGGCGACUUCGCCAAGACGAACGUCGCGGAGAACGAGCUGAGGGCAACAACAGCGGCCGGCGCCGUGAAGCUUUCUGGCGUCGAUUCGACGGGCAGGCGGUGGAUGAUUGUCCAGCGGUCGCCCGGCAUGCCCAUCACGCAUACGGGUGCGUUCCGAAGUGUGCAGCACGACCAGGCGCACUGCGAUGCGAUGCUCCACCACGCCGCGAGGCUCGCCGCGACAACGAUGGUGCACUACUGGCAUCACACGCAGGGUUGGCUCCAGAACGACCCGAACCCGCAGAACGUCCUGUUUGACGACCACAUGUCCGUCGCCUACCUGAUCGACUGGGGCCAGGCGACCUACACGCACACCCCGCCGAACCAAGCACACAUCGAGGCUGAGGCGUACCACAUGUUCUCGUCGCAUGGUUUCUGCAGGUCUCACGCCCCGCCGCCGAUGGGACCGCCCAGGGGAAAGGCUCACGGCACAUCCACGACAAAGGGAUCGUCGAGGAGAGUUGCAAUGCAUUUCUAG